AUUGACGUAACAUGCAAAUGAGCGAUAGAAAACUGAUCACGCAAAUGUCACCAUUACGAUUUUUUUUGUGGGUGCCCCGUGCCGCCCUGGGCGGUGGCUCAUGUCGCCUAUACCUAAAUCUGCCACUGGUUGUAUGUGCGGUAAUAAUAUGUCGUUGCCGUUGCCUGCUAUUUUACCUGCCGCUCAGAAAGCUACUGCAGCGGUGAUAUUUCUUCAUGGCCUGGGUGACACUGGCAAUGGCUGGGCAGAGGCUUUUGCUGGGAUCCAGACACCACAUGUGAAAUACAUGUGUCCUCACUCGUUUGACAUCAUCGGGUUGCAAACAGAUGCAGAGGAAGACGAAGCUGGUAUUAAACAUGUUUCAGAGAAAACUAAAACGCUGAUUGAUCAAGAAGUGAAGAUUGGAAUAACAUCCCACAGAAUUGUUCUUGGAUGGAGCGUUGUCUCUCUACACUGCUCUCACGACCCAACAGAAGCUGGAGGGAAUGGUUGCUCUCAGCUGCUGGCUCCCUCUACAGUACACCCUCCCUCAAGUAUAGGCUAUCCUGCAUUGGAAGUGUUCUGUGGUGCACUUAGGUUAUACAUAAGAUCCAUUCUAUUGUUUUGGAAUGUAAACAGUCUAUUAGCUUGUUACUUUUACCAAACCACACAAAUCAACAAUGGUCAAAGUAAAUUCCCAGACAUCGACAAAAUCAUUCUAGAGACGUCGCAAGUCAUAGCUGAUUUGAAAUAUAACCCUAAUGUUGUCCUUUCUCAGGUGUCGGCCAACUCUGCCAACAAGGAGAUGCAUGUCCUGCAGUGCCAUAGCGAGGCGGUCCCUCUGGUGCCCGUAAUUUUGAAUGUCUCACAGUGGAGAAACGGAAGACCCUCUGUAACCUAUCCAACAUCACCUAUAAUACCUAUCCCAGAAUGCCUCACAGUGCCUGCCCUGAGGAAAUGAUGGAUAUCAAGCAGUUUAUUGACAAGCAGCUUCCUCCAAUCUAAGGGUUAGACCUACACACCCACUGCCAUUAGAGCUCCUUGAAGGUGACUCCUGUGAUGCUCCAUAGACGGUCUGAACCACAUAUCUCACUCAAUAUAACCUGCUGCUAACUCAGACUGACAGAGACAUAGUCAGGGACAGGCCUGAGGGCUAGCUAGAGACAAGCCAAGGAGAGGGACACCAUAACUUCAAACAAUUGUAUUCUCUGCUGGAGCCUGGUGGAAUCUUUUAAUGUUUGAAUCUGUUUGCCAGUGGCCAGUGCUGUUGUCGGUGUAGCUAUUUGCUAUUGAAAAGCCAUCUCUUCCAGGGAGUAUUUUUUUGAUUGUAUCGUUUUGAAAAUAUGAAUCUUAAUAUGUUGAUUUGCUAUGGGGAAAUAAAACCCUGAUAUAAUGCAAUAGUAAAAGAAGACGACAACAUAUU